GAGGCAUGGGAUAGCGAAUCGGACCCAGGAUAGCUAGCUAGAAUCGAUAAAGAUGGCGACCGCGAGAGACACCGAAUAUAACAUUAUUAUCGCUAAUAAAAAUAAGACAUGUUUAUUCAGAUAGGUGCAGAAAGGAUACCUUUAUAACAAAAAUAAAUUCGCUCAUACGGUUGCAUUUUGUUUUUAACUUAAAGUCCCGACUGCGCAAGCGAUUUGUUUUCAGAGGAGCUCCACAGUUCUAUGUCAAGUUAGCCGUGUUGGCUAGCUAGCCUGAUUGGAUCUCAAUCGCUUAUGGAUUUCUAGGAUCAGGACGAAUGUCGUUUGACUGAAAAUCGACUUUACACGGGAUUGAAUUAGCUACAAAUUGUUCAUGAACCGAUUGGACAACAUCGUUUAUUUUACGUUGGGAACAUAGCCAUUCCGCUGGCCCGGUGACACGGAGAGUGUCGAGUCGGAGUGCCUGACCGUCAUGUAUUUUUUAACUGGCUGGCCCCGGAGGCUACUUUGUCCACUGAAAAGUGAAGAGGAACCGUUUCAUAUUCAGCCGAACUCACAGAGGUUUUACUUCGCCAUGUUGUCAGAGACUCAACUAAGCAUCUGGUUUAGUCGGCCCAGUGUUCUGAUAGUGAGCUACAUAGAGUCAGUGAAGGCAGCAGCCCAGUUUGGCUUCUAUCAGCAGGCCGAAUGGAAGCCGGACGAUUCCAUGAUAGCAGUGGCGGCUGCCAAUGGCUACAUCCUCAUGUUUGACGUGGUGGGAGGAGGAGAGGACAAGUAUCUUUAUGAGCCAGUCUAUCCCAAAGGGAGUCCGCGUGUCAAGGUCACCCCAGGUUAUAAAGAAGAGCAGUGUGCCCCCGCUCUCAGCCUGGAGAUGAAGAGACCCAUAGAUCUGGAGGCUCCCAUCACCAGUAUUAAGUCUCUUCAGGAGGACUUGUUGGUGUCUACAGCUGAUGGCUACCUCCACAUCCUCCACUGGGACGGAGUCAGCAAUGGCCGGAAGGCUAUCAGUCUCUGCACCGUCCCCUUCUCCCUGGACCUUCAGUCAGCACGCGGUGGUCCGUCUCUGGAUCUGGAGGGGCUGUACAUCAGAGACAUGGAGUACUGUGUGACUCUGGAUGGCUUUGCUGUGGUGCUUGACGACGGGAGGCUGGGAUUCAUCAGUCCUGUAGCCAGCCGGUUUACUGCGGAACAGCUGCAGGGCGUCUGGGCAGCAGACGUAACAGACGGCACGUGUGUGGCGGUCAACAAUAAGUACAGGCUGAUGGCGUUUGGUUGUGCCAGUGGCUCAGUAUUGGUGUACAUGAUUGACACCACCACAGGAUCCAUGCAGCUCUCCCACAAGCUGGAGCUCACCCCAAAACACUUCCCUGACGUGUGGAACAAGACCGGCGCGGUGAAGCUGAUCCGCUGGUCCCCCGACUACAGCGUUGCCAUGGUGACCUGGGAGUGCGGCGGGCUGUCUUUAUGGAGUGUGUUUGGAGCACACCUCAUCUGUACACUCGGGGAGGACUUUGCGUAUCGGUCAGACGGCACUAAGAAGGAUCCUAUAAAGAUCAGCUCUAUGUGCUGGGGAGCGGAAGGCUACCACCUGUGGGUCAUCACCAGUAGAGAGGAAGCGGAGCUUGUAGAGAACAUGGAGGGGGCUCCACCUCCUACCCAGACCAAGCAGGCGGGGAUACUGCAGUUCCACUUCAUCAAAAGCGCCCUCACCGUUAACCCCUGCACGAGUAACCAGGAGCAGGUUUUACUACAUGGGGAAGACCGUCUGUACCUGACCUGUGGUGACCCCACCCAGGUCCCAUCCAGCAGCUCCGAUGGCCCUCAAACCCCUCACCCCCACAAUCUCGCCCAUGGCCUGGAGGGCAACCCCCUUCACCAUCGCUCCGCCCCCUCACCCAACUCCAUCUCUCAGGGACUCAGCACUUUACUGGGACACAAGCACUGGCACGUGGUCCAGAUUCACAGCACAUACCUAGAGAGUAAUUGGCCUAUACGGUUUGCAGCCAUAGACACAGCAGGCCAGUGCAUAGCGGUGGCAGGGAGACGUGGCUUUGCACAUUACUCCAUGUCCACCAGGAAAUGGAAGCUGUUUGGGAACAUCACUCAGGAGCAGAACAUGACCGUGACAGGGGGGCUGGCCUGGUGGAACGACUUUGUCGUUGUUGCCUGUUACAAUUUCACCGACCGGCAAGAAGAGCUGCGUCUGUACCUCCGGUCGUCCAACCUGGACAAUGCCUUCGCCUCCGUCACCAAGCUGCACUCUGACACCCUGCUGCUCAACGUGUUCAGAGACCUGAUCGUCCUCUUCAGAGCAGACUGCUCCAUCUUCCUCUACAGCAUCGAGAGGAGGCACGACGGGCCCAACCCGUCAGCCUGUGUUGAGCUGCUUCAGGAGGUGUCCAUGUCCCGCUACAUCCCCCAUCCUGCCCUGGUGGUGUCUGUCACCCUCACCUCGGUGCGCACAGAGACCGGCAUCGCGCUUAAAGCCCCACAGCAGGCCUGUAUGGCAGAGAGCAUCAUGCUGAACCUGGCUGGCCAACUCAUCAUGCUACAGAGAGACCGUUCUGGACCACAGGUACGAGAGAAGGAAGACCAGAAGAAACUGCUGCCGUUCUGUCCUCCCGUGGUUCUGGCUCAGUGUGUAGAGAAUGUGUGGACGACGUGUCGCAGUAACAAGAAGAAGCGCCACCUGCUGGAGGCUCUUUGGCUGUCCUGUGGCGAGGCCGGAAUGAAGGUGUGGCUGCCCCUGUUCCCGCGGGACCACCGUAAGCCCCACUCGUUCCUGUCCCGGCGCAUCAUGCUCCCCUUCCACAUCAACAUCUACCCCCUGGCCGUGCUGUUUGAAGAUGCCCUGGUGCUGGGGGCAUCUAAUGAGACCGUGCUCUACGACGGCCUGCAGGGUCCCAGAGAGGGCCGGGAGCCUCUUGAGGUGACAUUCCCUUACUGCACGGUGGAGAGGACCUCCCAGAUCUACCUCCACCACAUCCUGCGCCAGCUACUCGUGCGUAACCUGGGAGAGCAGGCCCUGCUCCUGGCCCAGUCCUGCGCGGCGCUCCCCUACUUCCCCCACGUCAUGGAGCUCAUGGUCCACGUGGUGCUGGAGGAGGAGGCCACCUCCCGGGAGCCCAUUCCCGACCCGCUGCUGCCCACCGUGGCCAAGUUCAUCACAGAGUUCCCCCUGUUCCUCCAGACCAUCGUGCACUGCGCCAGGAAGACUGAGUACGCCCUGUGGAACUACCUGUUUGCUGCCGUGGGCAACCCCAAGGAUCUGUUUGAGGAAUGUCUAAUGGCUCAGGACCUGGACACAGCAGCAUCCUAUCUCAUCAUACUGCAGAACAUGGAGGUUCCGGCGGUGAGCAGGCAGCACGCUACCCUGCUCUUCAACACGGCUCUGGAGCAGGGCAAGUGGGACCUCUGUCGUCACAUGAUCCGAUUCCUCAAGGCCAUUGGCUCUGGGGAGAUGGAGACCCCGCCUCCAACACCAACCACUCAGGAACCCAGUUCGACGGGAGGCUUCGAGUUCUUCAGGAACCGCAGCAUCAGUCUGUCCCAGUCAGCUGACGGCAUCGCUGCUGGGAAGUUUAACCUACAGAAGACCUUUAGCAUGCCCUCCGGGCCCUCCACUAAAGGGUCUGAGCGAUGGAGUAAGGACAGUGACUGUGCUGAGAACAUGUACAUAGACAUGAUGUUAUGGCGUCACGCCCGGCACCUGCUGGAGCAGGUCCGCCUCAAAGACCUAGGCUGUUUCUCCGCCCAGCUGGGCUUCGAGCUGAUUGGCUGGCUGUGCCGCGAGCGCACCCGGGUAGCGCGGCUCGAUGACUUUGUCAUGGCGCUGAAGUGUCUCCACAAGGACUUCCUCUGGCCGUUUCCUGUCAUCCCAGCGUGCUCGACCAGCUCGCCCUUCAAGGACGGACACCGCAAGACGGUGCUGAGCCAGCGACUGCUAAAGUCCCAGUCAGCAGACAGCCUGUUGAACAGUGACAUGGACACAGCGCCCCCGCAGGCCUCAGCACGCAACAGCAACCACACCUGGCUGGACGGUCUCGGGGCGCUGGGGCCGGAGCCUAAAGAGAUGAACACAUCCUCUUCCCACGGGGGGCCACAGACACAGGAGGCCUUCCUCUCUCCACUCACUAACAAAACGGAGGAGUGCAGUAUCGGUUCGGCCACAGACCUGACAGAGACCAGCAGCAUGGUGGAUGGAGACUGGACCAUGGUGGAUGAGAACUUUUCCACUCUGAGUCUGACCCAGUCUGAGCUGGAACACAUCUCCAUGGAGCUGGCUAACAAGGGACCACACAAGUCUCAGGUCCAGCUACGCUACCUGCUGCAUGUGUUCAUGGAGGCGGGCUGUCUGGAGUGGUGUGUUGUGAUUGGUCUGAUCCUGAGAGAGGCCACGGUCAUCAAGCAGGUGGUCAACUUCCUGGACAGCCCAGAGGUUCCUCCUGAGACCGUCCAAAGUAUCCGCUCCGGCCUGCUGGGAGUCGAUGCGUGGGCCUCCACAGACUGCCUGGGCUAUAAACCCUUCCUGAAACUGAUCCGGCCCCAGCUGCAGAAGCUAAUAGAGACUGCUGUGGAGCAGGUCCAGCCUGAAGCCUUCCAGCCAGGGGCUUCCAACCCCAACUCCAAGCUGACUGAGCCCCAGCCCGGAUGCCCCAGGGCGGAGGACAGUAGAGGGCCUGCUCCCUUAGGCCUGGCCUUGCCCUCGGAGCCCUCUGGAGGGUUAGUGACAGAGGACGGAGGAGCUCCAGAGGAGCAGGAGGAGCAGGCGGCUGACGAGGGGGCGUAUGACUGCACCCUGUCCUGACGUGCCCUGUCCUGACCUGGGUCGUGUUCAUUAGCCACCAAAACGGAAGAAAAUGGGCUGAAACAGGGAGGGACUACAUAAAAUGUUUUUGCUACGGUGUGUGUGCCCUAAUGACUACAGCCCUGUCCUAACCUCUGACCUUGCUGGGCAGGUGAAGGGGUGUGGUGCGGGUGUGUGAUGGGACACAGGAUGAAAGAAGAGGAGGAGGAAGGGAUCCUCAAAGACUGAAUACUCUGCAUUGUGGGUCUAGAACCAGUUUUGUUGGCUGAUGUGGACCCAGAUAUGUUACAUCGACCAUGAGUGUGUGUGUGUGAGAGUUUAUGCUUGUUUAUGUGAGGCUUUUGUGUGUUACCAUACUUUGGGUGUGAAACACAAGGAAGCGCUCUCUCUUUGUUUCUCUCCUGUCCGCAUACUCAUCCAUCCCGGUGCUGGAACAGGGUCUGAGUGAGUGGAGUAGGUUGAGUGUCAGUAUUAUGGACUUGAGUCACUGCAAACAGAGCUUGCCAGGACACAGCCAAUUCAUAGCACCCAAACAAAAACACCUAAGAUAUCCACACUGUACGACAGGUGGUUCAAACCUCUACGUUUAUUCUACUUCCCAUGUAUUCCUUUCUAAAGAAUUAGAUCACAGACCAAGUGUUUUGCAGAGUACGAGUUUGGGCUCGUCAGGCUUUAUUCUGGAAUUAAGUGUUCGAGUACAAAGCAGGCAGUUUGUUGCAAUUGAGCUUUUUACCAAAAUGUGCUUUUCAGAUCAGAGAAUUGCUCGCUGUCUGUGUUGUGGUCUCGGCUAGGCUUUAGUGACCGUCUAGGUAUAAAUGUAUACUGCUCGGCUGGCUUUUCUGUGUGAUGUGAGCGAAUUCCCAGUCAAAUCACCGUGGCGACUUGUUAGGGAGAGCACAAGGAACAAAAAGCAUCCGUGAUGUUCUCCCGAGAGACCUGUCAAACAAACCUUUCAUUGGCAGCCAUUCCACAGAACUGAACAGUUAAACCUUUAUAUUUUUUCACGGUUUGUACAAACGUCUAUUGUACUUUUUCGUGGAGUAAGUUCAAGUAUAACUUUGGUACUUCUGGCAAGAAACCGCCCCUGAAACCCACGAACGGUGUUGCCGGGACAUUUUACGAGAUGCGUGUGUUGUGCAAGGGGAGGGGUCUCAUAUUUUCAUACCUCAUGGUGUACAGUGGAUUUUAAAGAUGUUUUAUGAUACCUUUGUCAAUAAUGUGGAGGUGUUCUUCAACAUCCAUAGCAUUCAUUUAGGAAAUGAUGUCCCCUUAUUUCGAUGCUAGACUGUGGUGUGAGAAUGCUCUUGGUCAAGAGCGAAGACGUGUCUAUGUGUGUGUGAUGACCUGGAUUGGUCAUGUAUGUUGAGGAGGGCCUGAUCAGCCCUCAACCGGGGGGGCGGUAGCCCCGAGGUUAGAGCGUUUGGGCCAGUAAGCGAAAGGUUGCUGGUUUGAAUACCGGAAACCGACAAGGUGAUAAAAAAUCUGUUGCUGUGCCCUUGAGUAAGGCACUUAACCCUAAUUGCUCCUGUUGCACUAUACGAUUGUGACCCCACUCCCUGCGGGACACUGGAGGGGAGUUCGGAUAUGCCAACAACAACUAAAAACAUUUCCAUUUCAAACGUGUGUAACAGAACAAAUAUAAGCACCCCUCAAAUGAAUUCAAAACAAACCAUGACUGUCUCCUGAAAGGAGAAUCUAACCAUAUCUGAGGACAAACCACAUUUUAUUAUGAUGAUCAUGACCUGCAUCUUCACACAUGUACUUGGCUCGAGAAUUGAAACAUUACUGCUCAAUUAAUUGGCUUCGGCCCUGUGGAGGAUCCAAUGGGAAUUAAAACCAUAGGAGAAACAAAGCUAUGUUCAUUCACCUUAUAUUGAUAUGCCAGAGUUCACUUUUAUUCGCCCCUUUGUAAAGACAAAAAAAAACAACUUGUGUUUAACUUAACGGCAUAUAUCGUUAUCGUUUUUAAGGUAGGAUUGUGUUUUAUCUCCUAUCGGUGAUCUUUGUCUUUCCUUCGGAAUUGCUGUGGAGUUGAAGAGGUCCUGGGCUCUUUAAUGAAUACAGAAUACGUCCCAUAGUUUCUAUACGGACCUAGGUCUAUAAUGUCUUGGUCGUUAUCACCGUGGUAACAUACCAAAACCUUGAUCACAAGCGGUGAUACUGAUAACAGUGACUUUAGGAGAAUCUCCAACUCCGACGCGGCUGUGUGUGUACGAUGUAACUGCAAAGACCAAGUGGUAUUGCAUCUGUUAAUGAUUUUGUUUUGUUGACUAAAGUACAGUAUCCUCACAUGGAAUCGAGCUUUUAUGAGGCCGAGUGUUAUUCUUAUUUAUUGGUUGUGUUGUUAUUACUAUUCUAAAUAGUCUUUUUUUUUUUUUUUUAAAUAGUUUUUAUUUUGGCUAUAUCAAAGCAGCUAAUGGAGAGCUAUUUAAUUGCUUUUGCCUCGACAUACUGUAGUCUUUAGACCCAUAUCCCGCCGCCUGACACGAAAAGAGCCCCUAAAACUGGGCCUCAGUUCGUUACGCGUCUCUGAGUAGGAGGUACAGUUUUGCUUUUCAGAUCAUAAUGUAUACGAUUACAUGGACACGGGGGAUCUGAGUUGAAUCUGGUGUGUUUGUCCGGGGCUACAACAAAGAUGUGUGCUGUUUGGGGGUACUUGAGGAGUUGAGGAACACUGCUAUCAAAUAUUAUUUGUCACAUGGUGUCACAACGGGUGUGGACCUUAGUGAAAUGCUGACUUACAAGCCCAUAACCAACAAUGCAGUUUUGAGAAAUAAAGUAACAAAUUAAAGAGCAGCAGUAAAAUAACAAUAGCGAGGCUGGUAUGGAGUCAAUGAGUGUGUGUGUGUGUGGGGGGGGCACCAAUAGUCUGGGUAGCCAUUUGAUUAGAUGUUCAGGAGUCUUAUGACUUGGUGGUAGAAGCUGUUUAGAAGCCUCUUGGACCUAGACUUGGCGCUCCGGUACUUCUUUCCGUGCAGUAGGAGAGAAAACAGUCUAUGACUAGGGUGGCUGGAGUCUGACAAUUUUUAGGGCCUUCCUCUGACACCGCCUGGUAUUGCCUCCUGGAUGGCAAGAAGCUUGGCCCCAGUGAUGUACUGGGCCGUACACAUUACCCUCUGUAGUGCCUUGCGGUCAGAGGCCAAGCAGUUGCCAUACCAGGCAGUGAUGCAACCCGUCAGGAUGCUCUCGAUGGUGCAGCUGUAAAACCUUUUGAGGACCCAUGCCAAAUAUUUCCAGUCUCCUGAGGGGGAAUAGGUUUUGUCAUGCCCUCUUCACAACUGUCUUGGUGUGCUUGUUAAUUUGUUGGUGACGUGGACGCUCUCAACCUGCUCCACUACAGCCCUGUCGAUGAGAAUGAAGGCGUGCUCGGUCUUCCUUUUCCUGUAGUCCACAUUCAUCUCCUUUGUCUUGACCACUCUGACGGAGAAGUUGUUGCCCUUGCACCACACGGUCAGGUCUCUGACCUCCUCCCUAUAGCCUGUCUCGUCAUUGUCUGAUCUAGGCUCAGAUCCCCCUUGUCCAUGUAAUCUUAUACAUUAUGAUCUGAGAAGCCAAAUGGAUCCUAAGCACUCCUACUCUGAGACGCUUUAUGAAUAGGGGCCCAGGGAUACUCAAGGACUGGAAUUGGGACAACACUGCUCUAGACAACUGCUGGUGCUCUGAACACACCGGUUCUGGUUAACUUACUGUGCAUGUAGGCUGUGUUCCUCUAUUAUAUUAGGUCCCUACAACUACAGAAAGUACAGCAAUGGUGUCCACUUACUUACAGUAAGUACAUCCGUAUUAAAUCGUGCAAUUCUGAAAUGUUACUUUGUUUCAGCUUUAUUGUGUUUUUUAAACAUUUUUAUUUGAAUCCUUUUAUUUUCAGUUUUCAGCCUUUUAUUUGCAUUCUCUGCUCCUCCUUUUUUCUGUCACUCAUACAGACCAAAAUAUUUGUAUUUUAAUCAUUAUUUUUGCUGCAGCUUACUGUGUUUGUAGUGUACAUUGUUGUUUGCAGUUUUUCUGUUUUGCCUCUAUUCUGAUUCUCAUUUAUUGUUCUGCUGCAUUAAGAAAAUCCCUUUGUACAGUCACGACGACUGUACACAGCAUUGAUGUGCUUAGCUAUAUUCCAUCUCUGCUUUCAGUACGGUAUAGUAUAUGCAGUCGGUGGCUUACUUUGCUGCCUGCUCUCAAACUGUGAAGUUUACCUAACACGCGCGUACAGUACAGGCUAACCAAAGACAAAUGUUCAGAGGCUUUCGGUAGGUGUGUGCAGGUUGUUGAGAAGAUGAGUGCUUGUGUAGAGGUGCAAAGAUGUACAAUGAAUCUCCCCCCCACACCCUCCCUCUGUGAUGAGAAAGAUAACCAACCAUUGACGCUCAAACCAAUUUUUCAGUUAGUUCUCAAGACUGUUUUUCUAUAUCAUAUAGAAAUGGAUAUUAUGAUUAUACACGUCAUGUUUCUGUCUGAGGAUGAGAAGCCUAUUGUUUUGCGUGUGUCUUUGCUGCUGGGAAAAGCACAGUCAUACAUGACACAGCGGUACUGUGUUCAAACAAAGGACGUUAUAAGAACAUCUCUGGUUCAUACACACUAUAUAGGUGAUCAAAGACAUACUGAGUGGAAGAGGACUCUUUUUACUUCAUAUUGUACUUUAAAGUAUUGCCUAUCUAUGACACAUUACCUGGGUCAUGCAGACAGUUGGACAUCUUCAAUGCAGUGUACAGUAUAUAGUGUUUCUUGUACAAUUAGCCUUUUCUACUAAUUUUUUGUUUUCUAUUUUAUUUUUUUCCUGUACAUAAAAGAACAAUAAAUUAUUUUUAAAAACAAAAAAA